AAAUAAUGAUUCACAUUGAAAUCUUAUGCGGGAUCGCCAUCGUAUCAUUCUUAGUCUUCUAUCAUUAUUUCAUAUCGGCCUUCAAUUUUUGGAAAAAUCGCGGAAUCCCUGGACCAAAGCCCGAAUUUUUAUUUGGAAACAUUAAGGACAUCAUGUUGUCAAAAAUUUCAACACCUAUGUUUAUUAAAAACAUCUACGAUACGUACACGAACGAGGCGAUGGUCGGAUUGUACAUAGGACGAAAUCCGAUUCUGUUUCUAAAAGACCCGGAACUAAUCAAGGAUGUAUUGAUCAGGGAUUUCUCGAAAUUCGCAGAUCGAGGAUUUAACGUUCACGAAAAGGUGGAACCAUUGUCGCAACAUCUUUUCAACCUGGAGCCAAAAAGAUGGCGUCCGUUGAGAUCGAAGCUAUCCCCAAUGUUCACGUCGAAAAAAUUGAAAGAGAUGUUCCACCUGAUCCUCGAGUGUGGCCACCAUUUUGAAAACUAUUUGGACCAGCUCGCGGCACAACAAGAGCCCGUCGAUUUUUACGAGGUAACAGCGAAAUACACGACAGACGUAAUCGGUUCGUGCGCCUUCGGAAUCAACAUGAACGCUAUGUCGAACGAGGAGAGCGAAUUUCGAGUGGCUGGUAGAAAAAUUUUUGAACCCACUUGGAACGCUAUAAUACGAUUGAAAUUUAAAAUAACAAUGCCAAGCCUGUACGAUUUCUUGGGUCCUCUUAUACCUGAAAGAGAAGUUACUCCGUUUUUUAUCAAGAUCGUCACUGAUGCCAUGAAGUACAGGAAAGAGAACAACGUGUCUAGGCCUGACUUUAUCGAUAUGCUGAUGAAACUUCGCGAUGAUUCAAAAAGCUUGAGCGAUAUCGAAUUGACCGAUGCUUUCCUAACUGCGCAAGUAUACGUUUUCUUCGCCGCUGGUUUUGAAACUGGAGCGUCGACGAUUAGCAAUGCGCUUUACGAAUUGGCACAAAAUCAGAAAAUACAGGACAAGUUAAGGGAAGAGAUUCGGGAACACUACGAUAAAUACAACGGAGAAUUGAUAUACGAGAAUAUUAAAGAGAUGGAAUACUUUGACAUUAUUUUUACAGAAACAUUAAGGAAAUAUCCACCAGGAACUUUGAUACCAAGAAGAUCAAUUUCCGAUUACACUUUCAAAGACACGAACGUUACUAUACCGAAAGGUACAAUGAUAUGGAUUCCUGCAUUCUCGAUUCAUCGUGAUGCCAACAUUUAUCCAAAUCCUGACGAUUUCAAUCCCGAAAAUUUCACCGAAGACGCCAUUAAUAAUCGCCAUCCCAUGAAUUAUUUACCCUUCAGCAAUGGACCAAGAAAUUGCAUCGGUGCACGCUUCGCGAAUUAUCAAGUCAAAAUCGGUUUAAUUAUGAUUCUUCGUAAUUAUAAGGUGGAGGUUUGCGAGAAAACUAUGAUUCCCUACCAAUUCGAUCCAAAUUUAUUUUUAUUGGGUCCCAAGGGAGGGAUACAUUUAAAAAUAACGAAAGUGGAAAGUUAAAGUUGUAUUAUGGUUUUAUUUAUACAA